GAGAGAACUAGACAAAUAGCAUUAGUAAACAGUCCAGCUCUCCUCCUGCAGAUGGUGUCCAGAAGGUUCUUGGCAAGCAGGGAGGCAAGAGUGAGCUGCGAAUACCCAACCUUCCUUACAAGAUGCCCCUUACCUCCCUGCAGGGCCAGAUGGGCAUGUUGACCACUGAGGACCAGUACGUUGAGGCCAUAGAGCGAAUUACAUCUGAAAUAAAGGAGAAGCCAGACAAUCCAGAGUUGUUUCUUCUGAGAAGUCAAAAUUUGCUGAAGCUAGAGAAAUUCAAAGAGGCGAGCAGUGACGCCAGCCGGGCUGUGGAUCUUGGUGCCGGUGCGGAGGGUCACCUGGUGCAAGGCAAGGCUCUGUUCAACCUGGGACGCUUUGUGGAGGCUCUUGAGGCGUUCACCAAGGGCAAGGCCAAGGGAGGUGCAAACUUGGGCAAGCUUGAUCAGUUUGGCCAGUGGAUAUCCUGGUGUGAAGACCGAAUCAAGAAGCUUGGACUGAGUGAAGCCAGCAACCCUGCCAACAAGACCAGCAUGGAGGAAAAGAAGGAAGAAGCUGCAGGUGAUGCAGCUGCCACUGCUCCCAACGAAAUGCCAGUACCAAAGAUCAAGCACGACUGGUACCAGACUGAAGCGUUUGUCAUCGUCACAGUGCUUGUCAAGAACCUCAAGCAAGAGGACGUCAAAGUAGACUUCACCGAGAAAACUGUGAGUGUGUCCGCCCCACUACCAUCAGGCUCCGAGUACAGCCUGGAGCUGGACCUGUGCCAUCCCAUCAACCCCGCACAGUCCUCAUUCAGAGUGGUGCCAUCAAAGAUAGAGAUCAAAAUGAAGAAGGUGGAUGGUAUCAGGUGGGGUGCCCUGGAAGGGGAUGGGGAGCCACCUUCCGUCAAAGCCUCCAUUCCAGGAACAUCAGAAGCAACAAAGGUCCCAUCAUACCCAACAUCUGCCUCCAAGAAGCACGACUGGGACAAGCUGGAGGCAGAGGUCAAGAAGGAGGAGGAGGAGGAGAAGUUGGAAGGUGAUGCAGCGUUAAACAAACUCUUCCAGAAGAUCUACGGCCAGGGCUCAGAGGAGACUCGCCGGGCCAUGAAUAAGUCAUUUAUGGAGUCAGGUGGCACAGUUCUAAGCACCAACUGGAAGGAGGUGGAAGGCCAGAAGGUGGAGGUGAAGCCGCCAGAUGGUAUGGAGUACAAGAAGUGGAACCAGUAAGGACAUCCCCUCCCCCUGUUAACUAUUUUUCUUGCUUCUCUAAGUGAUAAAUGCACAUAUUACUAUUGUCUCAUGAUUAGAUUUAGGACAUCAAAGGCUCUUUUUUAUUCAUGAAUUAAUGUUGAAGUACAUUUUUCUAACACAUUUCAUGCCAGCGCCAUAUCUAAGUGUACACUCAAGCUCAUGACAUGCCUACAAUAUCCUCAUUUGCUACAUCCAAGAGAUAAUAAAUAUGAUUCAUAGAA